GGCUUGCGUUGAGGGACGACGAAAAAAGAGACAAUAGAGAUAAAAGGUUGAGUCAGUAUCUGUGUGACGGUGAACAGACAUCACGUGUUGGGCAAGCAGGAAAUAAAGGCAGUAAGGCACCGUGGGUACAUAACAGUCGCAGGCGACGCAGUACAAUAUUCGCCCACUGAGCAAAGUAGAAGUCGGAAUCGUUGAUCAUAAUGAUUCUAAAAGCUGUAUUCGUUUUAAUUCUGAUCGUGAAAGUGUACUGUGCUAGUCCUCCAAGUUUUAGUGAUAGUUACUCAGUGAGAGGGACAUUAUAUAUACCGUAUGCCGAGAUUGAAGAACCUUUUUAUGCAUGGUUCGACCUGAAGCAGGGGGCCAGUCGAAUUGAUUAUUAUGGAGAUAUGGUGAAAACUUUUCAACUGAGUAAAUCUUCAAAAUAUGGGACAAGCAUAAAGGUAGCUCCUGUAUCUACUGACACUCAGUUAAACAAGCAGACAUGCCUCCAAGUAAAUGGGACUGACAAGUUUAAAAUUGAACCACAAGCUGUGCUACCAGAUCUUUCAGAUUUUCAGCUUAUUGGCAAAGAAGUUGUAAAUGGAGUGUCCUGUGAGAAGUGGCGAUUUGUUGAUAAAGUUGGAGCCAAAGUGAACAAAUACACAAUGUGGAUCUACUACAAGGGGGCAGCACAAAAACCACCUCAAAAUAUGGUUGCUAUUCCAGUCCGUUAUGAGAUGAAAGGCUAUAAUUCUCUUCUUGGUUCUCAUUAUGAUCAUUACUAUCUGGAAUAUGAUGAAUAUUCAGAUUCCCCACCAAAUCCGAAUGUGUUCCAGAUACCAGCAAAUAUGACGUGCACAUCAUUCCCGGGACCUGGAAGUAAACACAUAUACACUUUCAAUCCAAUGAAAGAAUUUGUCCAUAAUUAUGACAAACAUGUAGACAAAGCAUUUGAAGAGUUCAAACACAUCCACAAGAAGAGCUAUGUUAGUGACGUAGAACAUUCUCAGAGGAAAGAAUUGUUCAGGCAGAAUAUGAGGUUCAUUCAUUCAAAAAACCGUGCAAAUGUGGGCUAUACACUGGCAGUCAACCACCUAGCCGAUAGAACUGACUUGGAACUGCAAGCACUCCGUGGUCGCAAAUACACACCAGGUUAUAAUGGUGGUCAGCCCUUCCCUUACAAUGUAUCUGUUGAACUGAAGAAUGGACUUCCUAGUACAUUUGACUGGCGCCUGUAUGGAGCAGUCACUCCUGUUAAAGAUCAGUCUGUCUGUGGUUCUUGCUGGAGCUUUGGCACAACAGGUGCAAUUGAAGGAGCAUUCUUUGUUACCCAUGGGUAUCAAGUUCGCCUGUCACAACAGGCACUGAUUGACUGUAGCUGGGGUUAUGGCAACAAUGGCUGUGAUGGUGGUGAAGAUUUCCGCUCCUACCAAUGGAUGAUGAAACACGGUGGACUGCCUACAGAAGAUGAAUAUGGGCCAUAUCUAGGCCAGGAUGGAUACUGUCAUGUGGAUAAUAUAACUCUCACUGCCAAGAUUACAGGCUAUGUAAAUGUUACCCCAGAUGAUGCAAAUGCAUUGAAAGUUGCCUUACUGAAACAUGGGCCAAUAUCUGUUGGUAUAGAUGCGUCCCAUAAGUCAUUCACAUUUUACUCUAACGGAGUAUAUUUUGAACCAAAAUGUGGUAACACUCCAGAUGAACUUGACCAUGCUGUUCUAUUGGUUGGUUAUGGAGCACUUGGUGACAAAAAGUACUGGCUUGUUAAAAACUCGUGGUCAACAUAUUGGGGAAAUGAUGGUUAUAUUUUGAUGUCUCCCAAAGAGAACAACUGUGGUGUUAUGACUGCACCAACAUAUGUCACAAUGUAAUCUAGUGUGAUGCUUAAUAAGAAAAAAAGUCGAUAUUGGAUGAUUUGUUCAAGCAGACACUUAAGCAGUAGACACACUUUAGCGCAAAGAGUGAUUCAUUAUAAUGUGCAUUAUUUCUGUUGGAUAUUAAUCACAUGGUUCUUUAUCUGUAAUGUGAAUCUGAAAGGUGGAGACUAUUAAAACUGUUCUACAGACUUUU